AUGAGCGAAUCAAAAAACACAAAUGCCCAUCAAGACAAUUCCUCUUCCGAUAAUAAAUUCUCUCCGAUUGAGCAAUAUCAAAAUAAUAUAAUAAUGCAGCAAAUGUAUUUUAACGCUCAACCUGUUAUGGUAUCUAAUAGAGAAUAUAUCCCAGAAAAACCAUGUCAAGAUUUAUUACAAUUAUUUACAAAAUGUGAGAAUGAAUAUCAACAUAGUAAAGCUGAUAUUAUGUGUGCAGAAUUUAAAGAAUCAUACUUAGAAUGCAGAAGAAAAUUCAAUGCAAUGAAAAAAGAAAUUGAGGCUGAAAAUUUAGUUAGAUCCAAAGUGUUUUAUUUUGCUGGAGAACAUGUGAAUAUUGUUUCGGCAUCCAAACCUAAUUCAGUUAUCAAAGGCAAAAUAGCAGAACAAUAG